ACUGUCAACAACCUCCCAUUCUGAAGACACGCUCACAACAGAGAGUGGGGAAACAGUUUGAGACCUAGCAUCAUUUAAAUCUCCACAAGCAGAAAAGCCAGUUGGUGUUAAUUUCCUGAGUAUGCUGAGGAGAGAUGUAUUGAUAGCAAGAAAAUAUGAGCACCAGUGACUAUGUUGGGAGAGACCACAUAUCUAGAGAAGAAUGGAAAUGGAUAGAUUUAAUCUUGAGCAAAUUGCUGAAGUUCUCUGAGUUUUUGUUUCCUCAUCUGUAGAAUGUGGGUGUUAGACGAGCAGACAAAAUCCAGGCCCUUCCAGCCAUUGGAAUUUAUUGAAGAGAAAAAUGAAGACAGGACAUUUUAAAAUGGUCACCAUGCUGCUGUCAGCUGUGAUUCUAAUGAAUAUCUUCCAGGUGAAGGCUACUAUGUUAGACAUGGCAGAUAAUGCAUUUGAUGACGAAUACCAGAAAUGUACUGACAGGAUGGAAAUCAAAUAUGUUCCCCAACUGCUCAAGGAAGAAAAAGCAAGCCAUCAGCUUUUUGAGGAUGUGUGGGAAAAUGCAAAAGCCAAGUGGGAAGCUCGGAAGACUCACCUCUCUCUCCCUAUGAGUUUUAAGGAUAACCAUGGAAUAGCCCUGAUGGCAUAUAUUUCUGAAGCUCAAGAGCAAACUUCCUUUUACCAUCUGUUCAAUGAAGCUGUGAAGAUGGCUGGCCAAUCUCGAAAAGAUUAUAUCUAUGGCUUCCAGUUCAAAGCUUUUCAUUUUUACCUGACCAAAGCCCUGCAGUUGCUGAGAAGACCUUGUGAGGAUAGCUACAAAAAUGUGGUGUAUAGCACAAGCCAGGGAACUUCGUUUACCUUUGGAGGGCUAAACCAAGCCAGAUUUGGCCAUUUCACCUUGGCACAUUCAGCCAAACCUCAAGCAGCAAGUGAUCAACACAUUCUGUUAACCAUUCACACAUGCUUUGGAGUUGCCAUUGGAAAAUUUGUUGAUAAAGAAAAUGAAAGUGGAAGAAUUAUUAUUAUACCUCUGAAUGAGAUUUUUUAUGUGUCACAGGAUGGGGCUAGCAAUAAUCUUAUCCUUCGAAGCACAAACAAGACCUGCAGCCAUUACGAGUGUGCAUUUCUAGGAGGUCUGAAAAUGGCAAAUUGUGUUGAGAACAUAGAAUAUUUUCUACCCAUCUAUGUUGCCAGCCCUGGUGAUAAAAAACAGAAGCUUGAAGACCCUGGAAUGAAAAGCCAGGAGUCCACUGUCUUACCUGGUGUGAAGAACCAUGAACCCAUCCAAAUGCCUGAAUAUAAAAGUCAAGAAGACAUCAACAAUCCUACUCCAGCUCCAGCUCCAGCUCCAGUUCCAGGUCCCAAAACCCAUCCCUCUGCAUCCUCUGGCAAAAUGCUCCUUCCAUCGUUUGGGGCAUUCAUCAUUUUAAUCAGUGCUUCUAUAUAUCUCUUUGUUAGUCUUUAGUCAGCUAUAUUCUUUAUUAUGUUAAGUACACUACAGGGAUCCCACAGGAAAUGAUCAAAAGGAAUGUUAUAUUUUUCACUUGUUGGCCAAAGUCAGUUGAUAAAAUGAGAACUGUAUAUGUUAUUCACUUUUCAAAUUCAGAAAGUUUGUCCAGUUAUGUUGUAGAAUCAUUUUCACUUAUUUGUAUAUUAAUCUAUUGCAAAAACCUUAUUUCUGGUUGAAUUCAAUAAAAGACUUAAGAUUAUUAGAUAUAA